AUGGGGCUGGGGCUCUGCCUACGGACAGAGGUGGCUAUGUUCCCCAGUGGGGAGACUGUCUGGGGCUACCAUGGCGUGGUGGUGGUGGUGGUGGUGGUGGUGGUGUUGCAGGAGACGGAGCUGUUGGAUCUGACUGUUGUCAGAGAUGCCAGAUGUGGGAAACAUGCCAGAGCUCCUAAGGAUCCAAAAUUGCGUGAACACCUGGAUGCAGGGAACAUUGGAGGAAGGCUGGAGAACCGGAUGCUUACCAUCGUGUAUGGCCCCGACCUGGUCAAUAUAUCCUACUUGAAUCUAGUAGCGGCUCAGGAAGACAUUGCAAAGGAAUGGGCAGAAGAAGUCUUCAGUUUGGCCACCAACUUGCUGGCACAGAAUAUGUCCAGGGAGUCGUCUCUGCAAAAAGCUUACACGAAGCUCAAACUGCAAGUCACAACGGAGGGACGUAUCCCUUUGAAGAGCAUUUAUCGCCUGUUCUCCGCGGACAGAAAGCGUGUCGAGACAGCGCUGGAAGCGUGCAACCUGCCUUCUGCCAGGAACGACUCCAUCCCUCAAGAAGACUUCACCCCAGAAGUAUACAGAGAAUUCUUGAGCAACAUGUGCCCUCGGCCUGAAAUGGAACACAUCUUCGUAGAGUAUGGUGCCAAGACCAGACCGUAUCUGACUGUGGACCAGAUGAUGGAGUUUAUAAACUUGAAGCAACGAGACCCACGCUUAAACGAAAUCCUCUACCCUCCCUUGAAGCAAGGACAGGUCCAGCAACUGAUAGAGAAAUACGAACCCAAUAAGAGUCUGGCCAAGAAAGGGCAGAUAUCAGUGGAUGGAUUUAUGAACUACUUGAGUGGCGAGGAGAACGGAGUGGUUCCACCUGAGAAACUGGAUCUGAACGAAGAUAUGACCCAGCCUCUGUCGCACUAUUUGAUCAAUUCCUCACACAACACCUACCUCACAGCUGGCCAGCUGGCCGGGAACUCUUCCGUGGAGAUGUACCGCCAAGUGCUGCUGUCUGGCUGCCGCUGCGUUGAGCUGGACUGCUGGAAAGGCCGGACGGCGGAGGAGGAGCCGGUCAUCACCCAUGGGUUUACCAUGACAACGGAAAUAUCGUUUAAGGAAGUCAUAGAAGCUAUUGCUGAGUGCGCAUUCAAGACCUCGCCUUUCCCCAUCCUCCUGUCGUUUGAAAACCACGUCGAUUCUCCUAAACAGCAGGCCAAAAUGGCAGAAUAUUGCAGAUUAAUAUUUGGCGAUACUUUGCUGAUUGAGCCACUGGAAAAAUACCCACUUGAACGUGGCCUUCCCCUGCCAAGUCCAGCAGACCUGAUGUACAAGAUCCUGGUGAAGAAUAAGAAAAAGUCCCACAAGUCUGCAGAUGGGAGCGGGAAGAAGAAGCUGGCGGAACAGGCCUCCAACGCGUGCAGCGACGCCUCGAGUGGGUUUGAGCCGUCGUCUCCCGGAGCAGGCGAAGCGGAGAUAGAGAGUGACGAUGACGACGACUACGACGAUGAGUGCAAAAAAUCAUCAAUGGAAGAAGGAACAGCCGGGAGCGAGGCCAUGGCCACCGAGGAAAUGUCCAACUUGGUGAACUACAUCCAGCCGGUGAAGUUUGAAUCGUUCGAGACGUCUAAAAAACGGAACAAGAGUUUUGAAAUGUCUUCCUUUGUGGAAACCAAAGCACUCGAGCAGCUCACGAAAUCCCCUGUCGAGUUUGUGGAGUAUAACAAGAUGCAGCUGAGUCGGAUUUAUCCAAAAGGGACCCGUGUGGAUUCUUCCAAUUACAUGCCGCAGCUCUUUUGGAACGCCGGCUGUCAGAUGGUCGCCCUGAAUUUCCAAACUGUCGAUUUGUCUAUGCAAAUAAACAUGGGAAUGUAUGAAUACAAUGGCAAAAGUGGCUACAGACUAAAACCAGAGUUCAUGAGGAGACCCGACAAACAAUUUGACCCGUUUGCAGAAGGGAUCGUAGAUGGAAUCGUGGCAAACACUUUGUCGGUGAAGAUCAUUUCUGGGCAGUUCCUGUCUGAUAAAAAAGUUGGGACUUACGUGGAAGUGGACAUGUUUGGCCUGCCCGUGGACACGAGGCGGAAAGCUCUCAAGACCAAGACCUCCCAAGGCAAUGCUGUGAACCCCGUGUGGGAAGACGAAGUGGUCGUGUUUAAGAAGGUGGUUCUGCCUUCCCUGGCGUGCCUCAGGAUAGCCGUCUAUGAAGAAGGAGGGAAGUUCAUUGGCCACCGGAUACUGCCGGUUUCAGCGAUUCGCCCAGGCUACCACUACAUCUCCCUGAGGAACGAGAGGAACCUGUCCCUGACGCUGCCGGCCCUGUUCGUCUACCUAGAGGUGAAGGACUACGUGCCCGACACUUAUGCAGAUGUGAUCGAAGCGUUGUCCAACCCCAUCAGAUACGUGAACUUAAUGGAGCAGAGAGCAAACCAGUUGGCGGCGCUCACCCUGGAGGACGAAGAGGAAGUCAAGAGAGAGGCUGAUCAGGGAGGAGAUGCCCCUUCGGAAGCUCAGAACGAACCCAAGCCCGCGCCAGCUGAAAAUGGAGUCAACCACACCGCUUCCCUCACCCCUAAACCGUCCACUCAGGUUGCCCCCAGCCAGCCAGCACCAGGUUCUGUGAAAGUGCCGGCCAAAACAGAGGACCUUAUUCAGAGUGUCCUGACAGAAGUCGAAGCACAAACCAUUGAAGAGCUAAAGCAACAGAAAGCAUUUGUGAAACUUCAGAAGAAGCACUACAAAGAAAUGAAGGACCUGGUGAAGAGGCACCACAAGAAGACCACCGAUCUCAUCAAAGAGCAUACGGCAAAGUACAACGAAAUCCAAAACGACUACAUGCGACGGCGGGCGGUCCUGGAGAAAACAGCCAAAAGGGACAAUAAGAAAAAGGGGGAGACGGGCAGCCCGGAGCACGGCGGCUCUUCGGCGGUCGAGCAGGAACUGGCCGCCCUGGACUCCGAAAUGACCCAGAAGCUGAUCGAACUGAAGGAGAAGCAACAGCAGCAGCUGCUCAAUCUCCGGCAAGAGCAGUACUACAGCGAGAAGUACCAGAAGCAGGCCCACAUCAAGCGGCUCAUCCAAAAGCUGACCGAUGUUGCCGAGGAAUGCCAAAACAGCCAGCUAAAGAAACUGAAAGAGAUUUGUGAAAGAGAAAAGAAAGAGUUGAAAAAAAAGAUGGACAAGAAGAGACAAGAGAAGAUCACAGAAGCUAAAUCAAAGGACAGGAGUCAGAUGGACGAGGAGAAGACAGAGAUGAUCCGAUCAUAUAUUCAGGAGGUGGUACAGUACAUUAAAAGGCUAGAAGACGCUCAGAGUAAAAGGCAGGAAAGGCUUGUGGAGAAACACAAGGAGAUUCGCCAGCAAAUACUGGAGGAAAAACCCAAGAAAGUCCAUAAUCCAGGAGACUGUGUCCUCAUACUCACAAAGAUGGAUGUCCCCGUGACAGACCAAGUACUUCAGGAGAUGCAGGUGCAGGUCUAG